AAAGGGCCAUAGCAAAGGCCCCUCCGACCACCUUUGUCACAUUUUCCACUGCCCAUGUCCCUUAGAACAUGGAGGAAAUUAUGGCAUUAUUACCCUCAUCUUAAUCUCUCUCUCUCAUCUCAAACACCAUAAUAAAAACCCUUCACUCAACAUAAUACACUCCCCUUACUUCUUCAACCAACAAAGCCAUCAAUCCCAAGUGAUGAAAAAAAUAAACACAGCAACAUUAAAGUAAACAACAAAUAAUACCACCUUAAUCAUUGUUGUAGAAUCCAAUAUAUUUUUUGCUAUACUUUGCCUUUUUCAAUCAUAACUCACAACCCCUUUUCGAGUUUUAAGGAGAAAGAUUCUUUUACUUCUUAAAAAUCUUUCCUUUUUAAAAAAAGUCAUGGAAAUUGAAUCAGCAAAGUGUGAAUGUUGUGGCUUGAAAGAAGAUUGCACACAAGACUACAUAACCGAGGUGAAAUCAAAAUUUGAUGGAAAAUGGUUAUGUGGGUUGUGUUCAGAAGCAGUGAGAGAUGAAGUAAUGAGUGGAGGUAGAAAACUAUGGGACAUGGAUGAAGCUGUGAAAGCUCACAUGUCAUUCUGCAGAAAGUUCAAAUCAAACCCUGCAGUUAGAGUAGCAGAAGGUAUGAGACAGAUGCUAAGAAGAAGAUCAAAUGAAUCAUCAUCAUCAUCACCUGCUUCAUCAAAGAAGUAUUCAAGGUCAACAACAAGCACUUCUCAAGUUGGAGAUUCUUCCACUUUCUCUUUGUACUAAUGAUUAUGAUGAUGAGAAACCAGAGGCAGAGGAGUUUACUCUGUUUUGGUUAGAAUAAAAGUUUAUUGUUUUUAGCCUCUUUUGGCCAAUCUUUUUUCUUUUUUUUUUUUAAUCUUUUUAUUGUCAUGUACAUGAUGUGUAAUUUUCAGGGCCUUUUCUUCAGCUUUUUUCUAUUUACUUUGUUUUUACCAACUGAUUCCUAGUUUGGUAUUCCUAAUCCCUUUGUUAUCUUUUGUGUUAAAAUACUGUUAACUUAUUAACAACUAGCUAGAUUACUUGUUAA